UCCUGCCACUGACUCUUCUCUCGCCUCUAGAGGAAGACGCUAUGGAAAGCACUUCUGCGUUCUCGUAGAUUCAAUCGACGCAGAGUUGUGAAGGAGGAGAGUUAGUGAAAUCCACCCUUCCGAUCGGUCUAACCUCGAGCUUGAUUGCGGCAUCGAUAUUGUGUAUGUAAGUGUGUGUCGAAAUCUUCGGCUUGGGUUCACAAUCCCUGCCACACAAACCCCGGACACUGUCGCGAGUAAGCUUUGUUUUGUUUGCUUACUCAAUUUGUGAACGUAUUGCAGCCAUUGCCGCUCUCGGAGGAGCAUAUCUCUGCAACAGGUUUUUGCAGUUUCUGUCGCUGAUUGUAUUUGCCCGAUUCUGGAAACCUCGGUGGAGAGCUUUACCAGGUGCAUUUGAGGCAUUGGCAGCGAGUUGUAGGAAGGAUUUGGCGUUGGUUUGUGUUUGGUUGCAAUGCCGACGCUGAACAUCCAGACUAACGUACCUUUGGACGGUGUUGUCACCUCCGAUAUACUCAAGGAUGCUAGCAAGGCCGUGGCGCAAAUUCUCAGCAAGCCUGAGUCGUAUGUCUUGAUAUCUUUGCGUGGCGGCAUUCCAAUGAGUUUUGGAGGUACUGAAGAGCCAGCUGCUUACGGGGAGCUUAUAUCUAUCGGCGGCGUCGGUCCGGAUACAAAUAAGCGUCUGAGUGCCGCCAUUUCAGAUAUCCUGAAGACCAAACUGUCUGUCCCAUCCAACAGGUUCUACAUCAAGUUUUUUGAUGUCAAGAGAUCUGAUAUGGGCUGGAACGGCUCAACAUUCUAGCUACAUCUCCAUCUGUUUACAUUCUGGAAUAUUGGGCGAAAACAUGGCGACGAAGAUGGUGUAACUUUCUUAAUAUGUAGCAAUGUGUUGUCUUUGCCAUCUUUUUUAUGAUUGUAUGUUUCCUGGCCAUCAAUAAUCAACAAGAGUCAUGUACUCCGCCAACAACCGUAUUCGUGAGCAUCGUGUGAUGGGCUUAAUGUACUUAUUUCAUUGAAUCUCGUUCAAUGCUAAGUACCCACUCUAUGUUGCAAGAACAAAUAGAACUCUCGUAGGUGGGAUUAUACAGAAAUUGGUAGGACUUUUAUUUAAGUUUCCUAAUUUGAUGUGUAUACCUCUGAUAGCUGAAGUUAUGAUGAAUAGACAUAUCGUUCUAACUUUCCUUAAGUAUUUUAACAUACCUUGUAUAGCUACUAUUUCUUAACAAAUAAUAUACGCAGCUAGUCGUAGUGUAGCACGCACUAAA